CCUUCUUUUGACCUCCCCUCGAAACUUACCAAGGUACCUUAUAUACCUAUAUCUCGCAAACGUCCCACGCUAUAAACACAACGCACAUAGGUAUCUACCUUGGGUAAUACGUAGCAUGAACUUCAGGUGGUCGGUUGAUGUAUCGACUCUCUCUUUUGUUCUUUUUCUUUUUCUUUUUGUUUUAUUAUGCUUUUCGCGAAGAGGAAGAAAGAAAGAAAGAAAGGCAAAUCAAUCCUCCUUCCUUCCUUCCUAUUCCCUCCUCUCGAACCUCGAACCAAAGAACAACCAACAUACCUACCUAUUUUCCAUCCCCCCAUUAAGAAAAGAGGAAGGAAGCAAUCCAUGGAUCAGUACCCAUCAAAACUUGGUUCGGAUGGCCGUCAAGGUUAUGUUAUGACUCUUU